AUGAUGAUACAAAUUUCUUAUUCAAAAUUCAACGAUAAGCUGCUUGGAGCUCACGAAGAAGAAGUUGAAUACCCUUUUUUUACUCAAGGUCCAAAGGAGCUUAGAGAGGCUAGAAUAGACAUUGCUAGAUAUUCUAUCAAGAGAGCUGCUGAGGCUGAGCGUGCAAGGAGGCAGAGAGAUGAUCCAGAUGAAGAUGAUGUGUAUGAUGCAGAGAAUAAGUGUGCUUUAAAGCAGGCUAAAGACAUGGUCCUUGAUUGCACUAGCUUUGCGGAUGAUCGUCCUCUUACUGCCUGCUCCUUCUCAAGAGAUGGAAAUAUACCUGCCACGUGUGGAGUUACUAUAUUAUGGGAGAUGCCUCAAGUUACAAACAAGAUUAAUACUGUCUUGAAGUCUCACAAAGAACAUGCAACUGAUGUAGUGUUCUCCCCUGUGGAUGAUUGCCUAGCAACUGCAUCUGCUGACCGAACUGCUAAGCUGUGGAAAACUGAUGGAACGCUGCUACAAACUUUUGAAGGCAUUUGGACCGUCUUGCACGUGUUGCCUUCCACCCGUCAGGGAAGUACCUCGGGACAACGAGCUUUGACAAAACAUGGAGAUUGUGGGAUAUAA